AUGCAAAAAAUUCGCAGGGCGGCGCAUGUAGCAGCACGGAGCAGCAAAAAAACACACAACCGAUCGAACUCUAUACAGCUUGAGAGUGGACUAGCUCAAACCCGGAGCUUGAGUGAUCUUGCAGGAGACCAGCACCGCCGAGACGAAAUGACCGACGGUAUUAGCGUCCCGGAGUACUCAAACACGUUUCCACUAGAGUCAGCUGGCAGCGACCACGAAGGACACAAGUCUCGGCCUGAACCGUCUAUGGCUAGCCAGGACCCGAUCAAUGUCUCAUCGGUGCGCAGGGCUGAUACUGAGACUCUUGGAUCCACGCAAGCGCGUCAGCGAAAGGGCGGCAUCUUGGGCAGGUUUAAGCGUCGCCAUGAUAGCGAUGAAUGGGAGGAUAAGAAGUCGCUUUCGGAUAAUCAGACCUUCACUUUCGCCACGCAGAUAAGGGCUACUCUCUUGAACUCGUGGGUCAAUGUCCUUUUGAUUGCUGCGCCUGUUGGAAUCAUACUUUUUGCCAUCAAAGCAAAUCCAAUUUCGGUAUUCGUGGUUAACUUCAUUGCUAUCAUUCCUCUUGCUGCCAUGCUCAGCUUCGCAACCGAAGAGAUUGCCCUUCGCACGGGCGAAACCAUCGGUGGCUUGUUGAACGCCUCAUUCGGCAAUGCCGUGGAGCUGAUCGUUGCAAUUAUCGCGCUGGUCAAAGGCAAAACCCUCAUUGUGCAGACUUCGCUCAUCGGAAGCAUGCUGUCCAACCUACUCUUGGUACUGGGCAUGUGCUUCUUCUUCGGUGGUAUCCCCCGCAUAGAGCAAAAUUUCAACGUGACAGUUGCUCAGACAGCCGCUAGUAUGCUUGCAUUAGCUGUUAGCAGUUUGAUCAUCCCCACUGCCUACCAUCAGUGGUCCAACCUUAACAACGGCGACGGAACUGCCGCUCUCUCUAGAGGCACUAGCGUACUCCUUCUAAUCGUGUACGGCUGCUACCUAUUCUUCCAGCUAAAGUCACACGCCGACAUGUACAACCGACCUAGCGAGAAGGUUGAACGGCGGCACAUGAAGGUCAGCGAAGGCGAUGCCAGUCGUGGCAUCGCACAGAUCGGCAAAAUGACCGCCACGCCCAUGGUCGGACAGAAUGCCGACCAUAUGCAGAUGGAGGAUCCCGAUGAUGAUACCGAGAAGCCGCAGUUGUCCGUUAUGGUUGCCAUUCUCACGCUGAUUAUCUCGACUGCGUUUGUUGCUACGUGUGCUGAGUUCAUGGUUGAAUCCAUCGACGCUUUAACAGCUACCGGUAACAUUGGUGAGACAUUCGUCGGGUUAAUCCUUCUGCCUAUCGUUGGUAAUGCGGCUGAGCACGCUACCGCGGUGACUGUGGCGUGCAAGGAUAAGAUGGAUCUUGCGAUUGGUGUUGCUGUUGGAUCGAGCAUGCAGAUUGCGUUGCUUGUGCUGCCGCUGAUUAUUGUUCUUGGGUGGAUCAUUGGUGUUGAGGAUAUGACUCUCAACUUCGACGGAUUCCAGGUGAUUGUACUGUUCAUGUCUGUUCUUUUGGUGAACUACCUCAUUGGUGAUGGCAAGUCCCACUGGCUCGAGGGUGUCUUGUUGAUGAUGAUGUAUCUGAUUAUCGCUCUUGCCGCUUGGUUCUUCGAUUAA